AUAACAAGAAACGUGGUGUAUCGAUUUAUGUUACAUAAAUUGCCCACUCAAGCCCGCCUGAAUCGCUUCAUCCCAGCUACCUUUCGGUCUUCUAUAUGCUUGAUUUGUACACUCCACGCUGAAGAUGACAACCAUUUGUUGUUUAUGUGUCCACCCAAG